AUGCCUCAACCAUAUAUAUUUUCGGACCUCAAAGCGCCCAAAAACUUUCGUCUCCUGACAAUCCUGCCUGGUAUUUACAAUGAACCCUUACAAUGCACCAUUUUCGAAUGUCAAUUGCAAGACUCGUCAUCAUACGAAGCGCUUUCGUAUGCAUGGGGCGCCUCUGGAGCACCAGAUGAACAUCGUCCUACCAUAUCUUUGAACAAACAGGAGUUUAUUAUCUCAUCUACACUGGAACAAGCGCUGCGCAGAUUGCGGCGACUGGAUACGGAACGGGUCAUGUGGAUCGAUAGAGUCUGCAUUAACCAAGACAACAUUAAUGAGCGCAAUACACAAGUAACCAUCAUGCCCGACAUAUAUCGUGGUGCUGUGAGAGUAAUAGCAUGGAUUGGAGAAAGGUCAGAUGACAGCGAUCGUGCCUUGUCAUUUUUGAAAGAGAUGGCUAUGCACCAUAAAUAUACUAUGCGGCAUUGGUGGAGAAACGGUGUCAGAUUAGGCAGCGAUACGAGUUCCGAGUGUGGUGAAGGAACACGGGCUGAUUAUACAAAUGAAGCAGACGAUGUGAGCUCAAGUGGUUUCGCAGACGACGUCCCACAGCCUAGACUUUCCGCUUUUGAAAAAAAGGAAAUGAAAGACAUGAGCUGGAGUGAUAUCUGGAAGAAGAUUCAGCACAACCAAACCCAGCAAGGACACAUUCUGACAGGGUGUCCAGUACUAUACGAUUGCUCAUACAUCCCAUUCUUUAAGAAUUCUCGGCAACCGGACUGGGAAGCCGUUGACAACCUACUCGCAAGGCUAUGGUGGUCGCGCACUUGGGUCGUGCAGGAGAUUUGGCUGGCAAAAGACGCUAUACUCUUAUGCGGUGACUCCUCCCUCAAAUGGAAAACGUUCACAAAGGCCAUGGAAUACCAGGAAGCAUGGGACGACAUGGGUUGUUUGGUCCGAGGCACCAAGAGGUGGGAAAUAUGGUCCACGCUAAAGAGCCGAUAUGGGCUGGCGAUACACAUUUCGCAGAAGAGGCUGUUGGGUAGCAGGCUCUCUGAUAUUCUAUGGAAUACAUGGGACAGGGAUGUCACAGACCCAAGAGAUAAAGUAUUUGCGAUUUUAGGACUGGUUGGAGAGAGCUAUAAUGCUACUCUGCCCAACAUUGACUAUUCCAAGUCCACCGAGCAAGUAUACCAAGAAGUUGCCUCUCUCAUUAUCACAAAGGAAAACUCUCUGGACAUUCUGCUUGCCGCAUCUGGCUUGGCUAGUGGAGGGAAACUGCCAUCUUGGGUUCCAGACUGGAGACGAAGGGCCAACGAAUAUCGGCCGGCCCUUUUCAUCAAUGCCUCGCUUAUGCGGAUACAAUGCUACCACUCCGGCUCGGCAAAUGCUGUUUAUUUUCAUGGCCACGGAUAUUCUGCAUCAGGAGCGAUGGAACCACAAGUGAUCUUCCAUGAUAACCUCACCGUUUUACAAGUCCGUGCCGUAGUGUUUGACACUAUAGCUGAGGUUUCGACGGACUUUGAUGGUGGCUUGAGUGCUGCUAAUAUUACUGAGCACGCACAGACUCUUAUACGCAACUCACAUACUAGCGGCGCUUUAUCAUCAAAAAGUGCAAUCAGUGACGGAGAGUUGACAAAAGUUCUUACUGCAGGGUCCUUUAUUCACAACAGAAGUUUGCGAAACGCGAAUAUGGUAAUCGAAAAUGUUAUGAAACUAAGGCGGUUUUUCAUCACGAAUGGCGGUCAUCUCGCCAUUGGGCCGUCCAGAGUGCAGGUUGGAGAUGUCAUCUCCAUUAUCGCUGGCUGCAACUUCCCGAUGGUUCUCCGCGCUGUAGGCAGCUACUUCAAUUUGGUCGGAGAGGCUUACAUUCAAAAUCAUAUGACAGGAGAGAUUCUAGAGCACUAUCCGGUUGAGUCAGCGUCCUGGGUCGAUAUUUGUAUAACAUGAGGAGGGGAGAACGGAUAAUCCGAAUGUCAAUAAAGAUGCACUUGGCGUAGAUGGGAAUAUACGUGUUCUUUCCCCUCAAGUUUCACAGAAUAUGGCUGCGAUUUCUGCAGGUGCUUCAAGCUUUAGCCCCGGUAACACAGUAACUAUCUUUAAAUCAUCAUAAUCAUACUUGAAUAGCU